AUGUAUUCACAGAGGACAUGGAAUAACAAGACAGUAUCUUGUGAGGAGUAUGGUGGUGGCGAAAGAAGUGAAGCUAUCACAUUUAAUAUCAAAGUACCAGCGAAGAAAGUGACGUUCACUUAUGAUAAAAUCACAGUAAAUGUAGGGCAACAGAUAAACCUCACUUGUCAAACUGAUGAUUGUAAUCCAGCAGCUGCCAUCACUUGGUAUAAAGAAUCAUCACCAGUUAUGGACAGUAACUUUCAUAUUUCUCACACCAUUGGUCAGUUUGACCUGAUCAAGACAACUUCAGUUUUUAUGUAUACUGGAGCGAAAGAUGACAACAUGCAAAAUGUGUUCUGUAAAGCCUCCAAUUGGCCUGGAGUGACAGUGGAAUCAGUCAGCUAUUCUUUGAAUGUCAGAUCCCUAUCUGGCUCAUAG